AUUUUCCCCACACCCACUUUAUUUUUUUUUUCCCUUUCUUCUCUUUUUCUUUUUUUAUUUUCGUUAAAUAUUCCCAUAUCGUUCUAUCAGUAAUAUUAUAUAUAUUCAAAUCUCAUUAUGCGUGAAGAUCUUAUUAGUUCUGCCAUCAACUUUUUGAAUGACCCUAAAGUACAAAGUGCUCCACUUGCAAAAAAAGUAUCAUUUUUGGAAUCUAAAGGUAUGACUUCUGAAGAAAUUGAAGAAGCUAUGGCAAGAGUUAACGGAAAAGCUCCUUCUUCUUCCACUACUACUACUGUCAAUCCUGGUCAAUAUACACAACCUAAUGGCAUGGUUUUACAAACUACUCCACCACCUGUUCCUACUCGACCUCGUUAUGAUUGGCGUGAUUUAUUUAUUGCUGCUGUGUUUGCUGGUGGUAUUGGUUAUGGUGUUUGGACUUUGGCAAAGAAUGUCUUUGGUCCUUGGUUCAAGGUGCCUACUCAAGUGGAAUUGGAAGAAGACAAAGAAAUGUUGGAUGCACAAUUCCAAGCUGUGGAGGAUUCACUCAAGGAAAUCAAAACUCAAACAAAUGAAGCUCUUACUUCAGUAUCAGAACAAUCCAAAAAGGUAGAAGAAUCUUUGGCAAGUCUGGAAACUGUAUUAAAUGAUUUGAAGGAAGGUGAUCAACAAAGAGAUGAAGAAUUCAAAACAGUUAAAGAAGAAGUGGAAUCGUUAAAGGAAUUGGUACCCAAGAUGUUGGAUCGCAAUAAGGAAGCUCAAGGUGCUGUAUUGAAUGAUCUUCAAAAUGAAAUCAAAUCAUUGAAAUCUCUCUUAUUGAGUCGUCGUUCUCCAGGUGCUUCUUUACUUGAGCAGGGAUCAAGUAAUACCACUUCUUCUUCACCUGCUGUUUCUGCUUCUACUACAAACACUGAUGGUCUUUCUCCUCGUUUGUCUGCUGCCUUCAAUUCUUCCUCUUCUCGUCCUGGUAUUCCUGCUUGGCAAAUGGCCUCUGCUAAUAAAUCGUCUCCUUCUACUGAAUCUAAGACCAAUGAAUCCACUACUACUGCCGAAACUGCUUCUUCUUCAUCCUCUUCUUAAAUCACAUCAUUAGUUACUUUUAUUAGAUUAGUUUUUUUUUUUGAUUAUAUAGACUCUUUUUUUUUUUUUUCUUUUGUCUCGACAACACAAAUUAUAAUAAAAAAAAGGAUUCUGCAUUGAUGGUGG